AACCUCAAUUUGUGAAUUAAAAGAUGUUGUGUUCGUCAAGGAGAAAGAAGAAGAAACAACAGAAGAUCAAUUUCCACAAGAACGGGAGCUUAUUGUUGGAGGAACUCAUUGCAUCGUCAGGAGGUAAAUACAAUCCCAUCCGUACGUUUUCUUCCCACCAAAUCCUUCAAGCUACAAAUCACUUUGACUGGAGCUAUGCAAUCUGUGUAGACAGAUUCGUGUGGUACAAAGGUACGAUUCAAAACAGAACCGUGCUGAUCAAGUACUAUAAAGACGAACCCUUUAACUUUGACACAGACAAUUUCUACCGUGAUAUAGCAGUCUCAUCGAUGAUGAGCAGCCAUAAGAACGUUCUCAAGCUUCUAGGGUGUUGUCUAGAGUUUCCUCGUCCUGUUCUCGUGUGUGAAUACCCAGAAAAGGGAGCUCUUGCCUAUGUUGGAGGUGCGUUGGUAAUCAAGCCAUUGGCUUGGAAUGUAAGAUUGAGGAUCGCCAAGGAGAUUGCAGAUGCUGUAACGUAUCUGCAUACUGAAUUCCCUAGGACUAUAAUCCAUAGGGAUUUAAAGCUUACAAAUAUUUUCUUGGGCGAGAACUGGACUGCUAAGCUCUCUUCUUUCAGCCUUAGCUUACCAAUUCCAGAGGGAGAGUCGGGUGUAUAUGACAUGGUUUGCGGGACACAAGGCUUUGCGGAGCCCCAGUAUAUGAGAACAGGUUUUGUCACUGAGAAUGUUGACAUCUAUAACCUUGGGUUCAUCAUGCUAAGUCUUUUGACAGGAAAGCACGGAAUCUAUCAAGAACCGGCUAAUGGUGACAGUUAUAACAUGAUUAUGUUGCCUGAUUAUGUUGAGAAGUGUUUGGGGCGAGGACCGUUAGCUAAACUGAUAGACCCAUCGAUGUUAAACAGUGCGGAUGACGACAUUCCUGAUCAUUCAAAACUGCAAAUGGAAGCAUUUGUUGAACUUGCUUUGAGAUGUGUUAGAUUCAGACCAGAAGAAACCAAGCUUCAUAUGAUAGAUGUUGCAAAAGAACUCAAGCGGAUAGAAAACCAGACCUGACCGCAAACCUGGUGAGACUGAUCAGAUCUAUCUAUUAUUAUACACUCUUUACGAUAUAUGUUGUAUGUAAGAAUCUGAAUUUCAUAAUUCAUAAUGUAAGAAUCUGAAUUUCAUAAUUCAUAAACCAAGCUUCACAUAAUCCAAGCAAAUGUAAUAAAACUUUUGUAGAGUCUAUAAAUAUCAGAACAGAGGAUCUCAAAAUGUGAUAUCUGAAUUCACUUUGAGCUC